AUGAAUGCCAACUGCGUGCCGUUUCAACAAAGUCCACUCGGUUCUAUCGAUUUUUUGGCACUAUCCCUGCACAUUGUAUCAGUGAUCUCAACGCCAAUUCAUAUUAUUGCAAUUUUUUGUAUACUCAAAAGAUCAUCAGAAUCUUUGGAAUCUUUGAAAUGGAGCUUGUUGAAUUAUCAUUCAAUGGUGAUAUUUUUCAGUUAUUCUGUGAAUUUUUUCGAGUCACCCUAUAUUUUACUACCAGCUAUGGCUGGAACUUCAAUUGGAUUUUUAGACCAGUUUUCGGUCGAUUGCCAGGAGCAGAUCUAUUUUCUCGUUUUGAGCCUUGCCUUACUGAUCAUUGUUACACCAUUGCCAUUCGAACGUCGGUUCUAUGAACUUUUCGGCGGAAGAUCAAAAUUGUGGCAAAAACUUCGAAUAUUUUGGAUUAUGAUGCAUUAUUCAAGUGUAUUAGCUAUUAUGACGAUUGUAAUAUCAGAAGUGCCGGAGCAAGAAAAAGCGGUGCUUGCAGUUUUCAAGCGCAUACCGUGCCUUCCAGAAUUUUUCCAGAAUGCUCCAUUUUUUGUGCUAUCCAUCGAAAUUUCCACUAUUAUAAUCGCAUUCACUGUUCUUGUACUAGUUGUGAUUUCAGAGGUGUUUUUCUUCACAAUGAUCAUACUUUUAUUAUGUUCGGAGCAAGUGCAAAAUCAUCAACUAUCUUCAGGAGCAUUUCGAGCUCGAAAUAUGAUUCUUUUCAAGUUACAUGCCCAAAUAAUAAUUCCGCUACCCACCCUGGCAAUCCCACUAGCUUACGCUAUGUUCUCCAUAAUCAUGGACUAUUACAGCCAGGCGUUCAAUAAUUUAUUGAUUAUAUGUGCUUCUCUACAUGGAUUAAUUUCCUCUGCUGUAUUGGUUAUAAUGCAUGAGGAUUAUCGAAAAGUGUUGCCUUGCUUCAGACAGAAUAUGUCAAGUGUUGAGGAAAUUCAAGAAAAUUCCGUGUGCCCCGUAGUGGCUGAGUUCCAUAGAAGAACCAGCACGGUGGUUAUAAAUUGAUUUUUUUCGAAAUAUACCCACUUUUCGCCCAAUAAAUCUAAAUUUUUGGCCU